AAAACGAGCAGACAAAAAUAUCUGUUAGAUUCCGUUUUUCAACCAUGGAUGCUAGGGAGAUAUUUUGCAGAUUCUAUAAUAUUUGUACUCUCUUAUGUAUCACUCACUCACUCUCUUUGUUUUGUCGCCACUAACAAAGCAGCAACAAUGAGUCCAUCUUCUUCGUUAACCGCCGCUUCUUCAUCAUCGUCUCUUUGGAUUCUCAAACCUUCUCCUGCUUUUAAAUCCUCCAGAUUCCAGUCAAUUCCUCCUUCCCUUCCUCCGUCAUCUCCGCCGUGUUUCCGUCUCCUCCGCCGUGCUGCAUCCCUUCCGCACGCUUCUGCUACUGAUUUUGACUUCGCCUUACAUGAUGCUCUCGAAUCCUCUGGAAUCGACACCUCUCACGCUAGAGAGGCGAGGAAGGGUUUUAUUUCGCAAAUUAAUGAAUUAUCCAAUGUCGAGAGAGAAACAAGUAUUAGCAUAAAUAGACGUGUUGAUCUUGGAAGAACAGCUCUUUACAUAGCAGCAGAGGAUGAUUCUCUCAUUUCGCACUCCUCUGUUCCUUUACCAGUGGAUGCUUUUCUUGAAAGAUUGGAUGAUCUUUCCUUGGGCUAUUGCUCUCACUAUAACUCAUUGUCUAGGUCGUCACGGGAGAAUUUUCUGGAGAGCAUAGAGAAAUAUCUAUAUGUCAAAAAGGGAUUCCGAAGAUCUAGUGCCAAGAACCUUGCAGAGCCACGAGCCCUUUAUCUUCACUCAGUUUUGACACAUCGUUCAGGUUCUGCUUUAAUGCUUUCGCUCAUACAUAGUGAGAUCCUGAAAAUGUUUCGCUUGUGGGGCCUUUUGGAUUUUGAUGUAGAGAUUUUUUUCCCACAUGAUCAUUAUGGUCUUCCGAGAGCCUAUGAUAAGCAAAAGAGCAAAGAAUCUGAUCAGCCACACAUAAUGACCGUACAAAUUCUAUUGGAGAAGGUUUUAAGAAACUUGAAGGCUGCUUUCUGGCCAUUUCAACAUGAUCAUGUUGAUAGUUUAUUCUUAAGGGCUGCCCAUGCUGCCAAUUGUGUAGAUGACCCUAAUGGCAGUCAAGAGAGUGCCUAUCAGCUUGCAUCUGCAAAGGCUGCUCAACAUAGGCUAGAACGGGGUGUUUGGACCAGUGUACGUUUUGGGGAUAUGAGGCGUGCUUUGUCUGCAUGUGAACGUCUCAUUCUUCUAAAAACCGAUCCAAAAGAAAUUAGAGAUUACAGCAUUCUCCUCUACCAUUGUGGAUUAUACCAGCAGUCUCUGAAAUACCUCAGGUUGUACCAAGAUGCAAAGAGUCCUUCCUCCUCACAAAGUAGGUCAACAAAUUCAGUUAGCAUUCUAGAAGAGGAAGCUGUUCAGAAAUUGUUUGUGCGUCUGAAUCUCAUUGCAAUGGAGGAAGACUGGUGCCAACCGAUUUAUGGCCGUAAUUUUCUUGGCAACAACUCCGAGCCAUGGUAAUGCCAUACUACGAAUCUUUUCCUUACCAAUCUUGCCUGAGUUGAUUGAGAGACAUUAAGUUCACAUAUCCACAUUGAGUUUUGGAUCUCUAAACUGAUCCUAUCGCAUGCCUCAGAUCGGGUAACUAAAUAGAGAGAUAAGUUAUGAUCGUUAUUUCACGAUUUCGACUCGGUCAUCAAUCCGCCACCGUAACAGAUGCGAUGAGACUGAAAAUGUGUCCGUGAUCGCAAUUGGUCCGAUGUUAGAAAUUCAACAUAAGCGUUUAGCUCUUGAAUUUUCGGACAUGAGUGGAAGAUCACAUCAAAUAGUAUAAGCUAGUAGAUAUUUGCACUUGAUUUAGGGUUUAUCUCUGUACAGCACCGAAAGUUUUGUUCUCAUAACUCUUUCUAAAUCACACUAUCAUUUGAUCCUAUUUAUAUUUUAUAAUAAAAUGUUGAUUUCUGGCAAUUCAUUA